GAGAGCGAUUUGUUUGGAAAAUGGCGGGUGCUUUGACAGAGAGUCAGCUUGUGCAUCAGGUUUACGCUUCACUGCAGGCUGCGUCGUGUCCUUUGGUGGAAGGUUUGUACCUGAACGACAGCGACAGCAUGUUACAGCUGCUCUGUGCUCCAUCACAGCUCCGCACAGACAUACUGGCGUGGAUCUGCACCAGCAUCAACCCAAGCUUUGCUGAUUCCAAGGCGAUGUCGAGGAGAUCCUCAGAGCCAGAAGGUUUGAAUAAAGAAAUAGCUGCGCUUGGACAGGAGCUGAUGCUGUGUAAGUCAGGUGACCUGGACCUGAUCAGGGGUAAUGCGAGUGCUCACCGGCAGCUUCGGUUCCUGGAGCAGCUUCUAACUCUCGUCCCGAGUUGCCAGAAACCUGCUGGGAACAGAACCGAUGGGGAGGCCCUCCUGAACGAGGUCUUCGCUGCUGAGAAUCUGCCUAACCUCACACAAGCGCUCAAACCCACGUUUUACCCCUGGCCUACCCACAUUAACACGACUUUGCAGAGGGAGACCAAGUCAGCUAAUAAGGCAAGCAGAGAAGAGUCUGCUGAUAUUGACGCCCUUCUACAGUUGACUCAGUCAGCACUGGCAAAGCUACAGUCAGAGUGUGACUUCCUGAUCGAUGAGGACAGUCCUGCGGUUUUCUCUCUGAACGCACUGCGUGUGGCGGCAUGUGACCUCCAGCAGCUGAUGUCCACCUUCAGCCACGUUUAUGAGACAGACCUGAGAGCAUAUUGCAACAGAGACAUCCCCCACUUCAGCAAAGAGACCGACAUCUUCCACAGAGUACAUCAGCUACUUCUGGCCUGCAACACGGAGUUGGAAAUGCUUAAAGAAGUAACCAGCGUUUCUGCAUCCGUGAGUGAGGAAGUAAAGCGGCUACAGACGCAGCCUCAAUACUGGAGACACGGAGAGAAGCGCACGUUACACGAACAAAUAGAGGAAAUUACCAAACGAAUUGGAGAAUUUCUCACCGAGCUUCAAUCCUGACGAUGUCGCUCAGACAUCAAAACUGAGUCAGAAAUAACGGGAGGAGAGUCUGAGCUGUGAUGUUAAAACAGAACUGUGGUCAAAAAGUGUGUUCUAACAGCCGUUGCUUGGGUAUGACGGCAGAAUCUCACCUCUUUCACAGAGACUUAAUGCUGUUUAAUGGAGUCAAACACUCCCUGUUCUAGAGCUACAUUGAGACGUGGUAAAUGAACCAACUUUCACAUCAUGCUAUGACUUUCUCUGUUGCUUUCCAUAAAUCUACAACGGUGUGUUGCAGGCUCCGCAUGUGAACGGCUAGAUGAGGGGAACGGGAGGGGAAACUGAAAAGGGGAAUUUAGUUGCACGAAAGAAACAUGGUCAGUUGUAGGGUUGCACAGUUCAUUAAAUGUUAAUCAUGAGGAGGAUUUUGGUUUCCACAAUUAAAUAAACGGCAAGUUUGAGGUUUUAAAAUGUGUUUGGUGCAUAAAAAACAAACUUUAGAUUCCUUAUUUUGCUGUUUUCAGGCAAAUUGUUGGGCUUGUAUUUGUCUGAACUGCAGUAACUGAGCAGCUCCUGGAAAUUCCUGUAUUUUUAUAUUGCAGAAAACGAAUCUUGCGAAACCCUACUCUGUUAGUAUGUUUACCUUGAAUAUGACUGAACUGCCAGGCAGGUUUGUGUACCAUCAUAACAUUAUACUAACAAACAAAACAUGAGUUUCUGUAACUGUACAGUCUGAAUUUACUGCCUUAACUUUAGCAUCCUUUACAGUUGACUGUUAUUGUAUAUUUUAAUAUUGAAUAAAUUAAAAUGUGUCAAACUUUCCAACAUCA